AGCUAUAACCGUGCGUGUGCCCGGCACUAAUCAGGCACCACAAGCUCCAACCAAAACCGCACACUGUUUACUGAGCUGCAGUUUUCAUGUGCAGCAGCGCGUGCACUGCUGGCUGACCAAUAGCAAGCGCUGUUACUAGGCGCUCUGUGUCGCUGUCCAAUAGAAAGCGUCGUUCUCGGCACAGGCGAAGGGGGCAGGGUUGGAUGUUGGACCAUCUGAAUGGGUCUCGGCUCCAAAACAGCCUGCUAGAAGUUAGUGCUCAGUGUGCGGCUUGAAUUAAUUAAGACUUCCGGAGCGCACUGGUGUGUCCUGAUAGAGAUGGGGGGCAGCAGCAGCUCCAGACACAUCUCAGUGGAGUCUGAGGACGCAGAAGGGGUCGUGUUUGUGAAGGGCAUUCGGCUGACGGAUAGAGUGAUUGAUCGCAUGAGGGAGCCUCCACCAGUCCAGAGUCCUCAGUCCAAAAGCUCAACAUGUCCUCCAGUAGGUCAGCCUUUAACCCCUCAGAGUGAGACCUUGGCCUCUACUGAGCUUUUGGCACCAGUUCUGCCCCAUCCUCCUUCUUAUGCCAGCGCUCUGGUACCACCACCUCUGCAGGAGCCCAUCAGUCCCCUUGUUCCUCUUGUGUCAGUGGGUCAGGAGACUCCAGCACCACCUACAUCCACACCUACUGUUGAAGCAGUUCCCUCAGUCACUCAUACUGCACCUGAGUCUGUGCCUGCUCCUGUGCCUUCAGUUCAAGAACACAUAGUAAUAUCUACGCCUACUGACUCUGCACCUCCAGCUCCACCUGCUGAACCCUUACCAAUAACCACAUCUCCAUUAACUUUCACUGAGCCUGUGGUCAUGCCUCUACCGGCUGAGCCUGUACCUGUAGUAUUGUCACCUUCUGCUGAAGUUGUGGACAUUUCUCCACCUCCAAUUACUGAUACUGUGACAUCUCCUCCACCUAGUGAACUCAUAGCCAUACCUGCUGAAGCCCCAACAAUGCCAUUAACUGAUGAUGUGCUCACAGCUCCACCUGCUGAAGCCAUACCUUUGCCUACCACUGUUGACAUACCAGUGGAAUCAAGUGUCCCAUCUACACCUACUCUGACCCUAGAUACAACAAUUCCUGUUGAACAAGUAGAGCUGCCUACAACAGCUACCUCUGAGCCAGUGGCUGAGACUGAAAUGCCACUUUCACCUGAUACAACACUCCCAUCUCCCAUUGAAUCAGUGGAAAUUUCAACAGACAUGCCACCUGCACCUGUCGAGCCCAGCAACCUGGAGGAGCUGCUGCCUCCUCUGCCUGCUUGUGCUCUAGCUGUCCCCUGUGAAGUUCCCUCAGUGGGGCACAUCGGAUGUCCUCCCAGUGAGGAUCCCCCAGCUCCAACUCCUGUUGUUCAGCCAGCUGUUGCAUCAGUGCUACCUCCGCUAACUGAAACAGUGGGCCCACUUACUUCUCCGCAGGCUGUGGUCAAUGAAGAAGAUCUGAGGAAGCAGAUCAGAGAGGAACUGCAGAAACUCUUGCAAGAAGAGAUGAAGAUGGCAGAGCUAAAGAUCCAGCGACAGUUGGAGGAGGAGAAAGCUAAGGCUGAGGCAGAAGCUCAGGCCAAAGCUCAGCAGCAGAUCCAGGCAGAGGUUCAGAAGGUCCUGGAGAAGGAGCAGCUAGCCCUUCAGCAGACUCUAAAAGAUGUUAUUAUGCAGGAGCGCAAGAACAUUGAGGAUGAGCAGCUUGCAAGCCAGUAUUAUUGGAUGGAGAGGAAGAUACAGAAGCUGGAAGAGAAGGAGAGAGACCUGGCAAAGCAGGACUCAAUGUACAAAGAGCAGAUUGCCAAGCUUGAGGGGAAGACUGCACAGUUCACCAGAGUCACAGCAGAGAGCUUCAAAAAGGGACUGGAGGAAACUCAUAAACGUUUCAAGAGGCACCAGAUUAAGCCAGUGUGCUCAGAGCUGCAGAGUGAGAUUUUGAAAUGUUAUUUGCAAAAUACAGGCCAGACUCUGACAUGCUCCAGUAUUGCCUCAGAGUAUGUGAAGUGUGUGAACAAUGCUAAACAGAAUAAGAAGGUGAGCACAGGGGGUUAAACCUGUUUCCAAGGAUGAACGUUACUCUUAUAUAAAAAGAAACAACCCGACAGAGAGGAGACAAGCAUUACAAGUGAGUUAAGGCAGUUGGGCAAGACCUCGCCUUCAGUCUGUGCAGCAACUGUGUCGCUGGUACUAUCGUGGAAAAUGCAAAGCAUGGAUUUCAUAAACAUGCUGCUAGCAUGAUUUGGUGCAAUUCACAUAAGACGUUCUUACCCACCAGUCAAUGGGUGUUUGACAUUAAAAUCACAUGUACAGUUCCAGGGAAGGACAAAUUACUGUGCCUUGACUCUACUUUUUGCUCAAAUGAAUAAAGUGGACAGAACCCUAUUUUGUUAUUUCUAGAGAUCUCUGUGAUAUUGCCUGUGAAGGAAGAACCUGAAAUGCCCUCAUUAAAUAGUCAGCAGUGUUCUCUUUGCUUGUGAAGUUG